AUCCUAGACUUUGUCAGUAUGUGGAUAUUUCUCGUGGAAAGCAUGAGAGGCUGGUGGUGGUUGCAGAGCACUGUGAGCGGAGCCUGGAAGAUUUGCUUCGAGACAGGAAACCGGUGAGGAGCUGAAGCCUGUGUUGUUCUUCCCUUUUCCAUUUUAUCCUCAUAACAGUCCUGUAAGGUAGGAUAGACUGAGAGAAUGGCAGACCUUUCACCACCCAGCGAUCUUCAUGGCAGAAGAGAGAUUUGAAACUGGGCCUCUUUGAUCCUAAUUAGAAUCUAGCCACUCUAUCACACUGGCUUCUUAAGUACAUUUAAUGAAUUCUUUUACCAAAUUAAAAGAAAUCGGAUUAAAAUUUACUAAGCUCCAGCUACUUUCUCAGUUAUUUUCAAAUGUUAACAGAGUCUUACUCGCAUAUGUGGAAUCUUUGGUUUUGGAGUAGUCGGGUUGGAUUUUUUUUUCAGUGACUGUUUAAUAUAGUUACACGCACAAUUCCGUUGCUUUUUUAUAUUGCACCUAAAAUUCCCAUUUUAGAAGCCUUUGCUUUUUUACAGUGGAAGUGCUCGCAAAUGUAGCAUGCUGAUAUUUGUAUGAUUUUGGCACCUGUGUUAUAUAUUCUGAAUUUGUGAGCCGAGUCGUCAUAAGAUGUCUCCAAUAAAAUAUAGUUGUUGCAUGUUUUGGAGGUUAUGGUUUUGAAAAAUUACCAGCGAACCAUCAGAGAGAUAACAGAGGUAUAAUAUGUUAUACACAGAGUCUUUGAUCGGAAGCAGACUACGUCUGCAGCUGCUUACUAGCUUGGUGGAAAGCAUGAUCGGACUCGGAUGAAACCAAGAUGUUCCUCUGACUAAAAUUUGGAGCUAACUUUUCAAUCUAGAGCUACAAGAACUGUGACUAAAGUGCGUAAUAACUGAAUACGGCCGUGUCAGGUGGUGGAAAAGGUAUUUUAGGAUUUUGUGUAUCGCUUAUGAAGUCUUGGAAGGGUUGCAGUACAUGAAUAAACACGGAAUAGUCCACCGGGCACUUUCACCUCACAAUAUCUUGAUGGAUCAAGAGGGACAUACCAAGUUGGCUAAAUUUGGCCUUUACCACAUGACAGCUUAUGGUGCAGAUGUUGAUUUUCCCAUAGGAUAUCCUUCAUACCUGGCACCGGAAGUAAUUGCACAGGGAAUUAUGAAAUCCGGUGAUCACAGUCAAAGUGAAAAGCCUCUACCUUCAGGUCCUAAAUCUGAUGUAUGGUCCCUUGGUAUUAUAUUAUUCGAGCUUUCUGUGGGCAGAAAGCUGUUCCAGAGCUUUGAUGGAGCUGAAAGAUUAAAACUUUUGCUUAAUCUUGGAUGUGUGGAUGAUAUCAUAACUGUAUUGGCUGAAGAAAACGGUUGUCUGGACAUUAUCAAGGAAAUGCCAGAAAAUAUUUUAGCUCUGCUGAAGAAAUGCCUUACAUUCCAUCCUUCUAAGAGGCCUACUCCAGACCAGUUACUGAAAGACUCUGUGUUCACUGAAAUCUCUUCCUUAUACCCACCUUUCCACAAACCUGCUAGCCUUUUUUCAUCUACUUUGAGGUGUGCUGACUUAACUCUUCCUGAAGAUAUUAAUCAGCUGUGCGAAGAUGAAAAUGCUGAUUACCUAGCAGAGAGAUCAAUUGAAGAGGUUUAUUAUCUCUGGUGCUUGGCUGGAGGAGACUUGGAGAAAGAGCUCGUCAACAAGGAAAUCAUUCAUUCGAAACCACCCAUUUGUACUCUCCCAAUUUUUUUGUUGGAGGAUGGGGAGAGCUUUGGCCAAGGACGAGAUAGAAGCUUCCUUUUGGAUGAUACGACAGUGACUCUUUCCCUAUGCCAGCUCAGAAAUAGGCUGAAAGAUGUUGGCGGGGAAGCAUUUUAUCCAUUGCUUGAAGAUGACCAGUCAAAUAUACCCCAUUCAAACAGCAAUAAUGAAUUGUCUGCUGCUGCUAAUCUUCCUCUUAUUAUCCGAGAACGGGAUACAGAAUAUCAACUCAACAGAAUUGUCCUUUUUGACAGGUUGCUAAAGGCAUACCCGUACAAAAAAAAUCAAAUUUGGAAAGAAGCAAGAGUUGAUAUUCCUCCAUUAAUGAGAGGUUUGGUUUGGGCUGCUUUGCUUGGCGUGGAGGGCGCCAUUCAAGCAAAGUACGAUGCUAUUGACAAAGACACUCCAAUUCCUACAGACAGACAAAUUGAAGUUGACAUUCCUCGAUGUCAUCAGUAUGAUGAGCUGCUGUCAUCGCCAGAGGGUCAUGCAAAAUUUAGACGGGUAUUGAAAGCUUGGGUGGUUUCCCAUCCUGAUCUUGUAUACUGGCAAGGUCUUGAUUCUCUCUGUGCGCCAUUCUUAUACUUGAAUUUUAACAAUGAAGCCCUGGCCUAUGCCUGCAUGUCUGCUUUCAUUCCUAAAUACCUGUAUAACUUCUUUUUAAAAGAUAACUCUCAUGUGAUUCAAGAAUACUUGACGGUGUUUUCCCAGAUGAUUGCAUUCCAUGACCCUGAGCUGAGUAACCAUCUCAAUGAAAUUGGCUUCAUUCCAGAUCUCUAUGCUAUUCCUUGGUUUCUCACAAUGUUCACACAUGUCUUUCCCUUGCACAAAAUCUUUCAUCUUUGGGAUACGCUACUACUUGGGAAUUCUUCCUUCCCGUUCUGUAUUGGAGUGGCAAUUUUGCAGCAGUUGAGGGAUCGGCUUCUUUCUAAUGGCUUCAAUGAAUGCAUUUUGCUCUUCUCUGAUUUACCAGAAAUUGACAUUGAACGAUGUGUCCGUGAAUCAAUCAACCUCUUCUGUUGGACCCCUAAGAGUGCUACAUACAGACAAUAUGCCCAACAUGCUAAGCAAGCAAAUGAGAUCAACUGCCCCAGAAAUUUAGUGUCCUGCUUGUCAUCAGACUAUCAAGAUGCACCCAGAAGUGAUCUGUCUAGGGACUCUAUCAAGCUGAAUGAUCUGAAAUCGGAAGUUUCUCCACGGAUCUCAGCAGAAGAUUUGAUUGACCUGUGUGACUUGACGGGACCUGGCCAUUUCAAGACCCCAACAAAGAAAACAAAAUCCAGCAAGCCAAAACUACUUAUUGUUGACAUUCGGAACAGCGAGGAUUUUAAUCGAGGGCAUAUAUCAGGUAGCAUCAAUAUUCCAUUUGGAUUAGCAUUCACGGCAGAAGGAGAAUUCGUCCAGUGCCCUGCUACAGCCACACUUCAGAGCUUUAAAGGAAGAGUUGUUGUAGUUGUUGGAAAUGUGGCAAAGAAUUCAGCAUUGUUUGCAGCCCAUCUCGUGAAAAUCAAAUAUCCAAGGGUUUGCAUUUUAGACGGAGGCAUAAACAAGCUCAAGCCGACGGGUCUGCUGACAGUUCCUUCUCCACAAAUAUGAGCUACUGUAAAUCUCCAGAGAGCUUGAGAUGUCUUAUCAGCUAUGUGAGAAAACUGUAAAGGUGUUAUGGCACAUAUGUCAAUAAAAGUAACAGAUCAUUGGAGUCUUUCCAUGCUAGUUUUUCAGAAGACUGAUUUUUUUUUUUAAUGGCAUGGAGCUCCAGUGCUUGUUGGAUGAAAAUGUGAAACUUUAGGUGGCGUGGUUUCAGCUUACCAAGACUUUAAAUAAUCAUCCAGUCAAAUUUUGUCUGCCUGGCAGUUCAGUGGUAAUAGCGAUUUGGGUCAAUCAAGUCUGUACAGUCAAAACAUUAAGAGGAAUUGCAAAAAAUAUUGCAGAAGUAAUGUUUUAAGAAACAAAUGUUGAAAAUAAUGGGAUAUAACCUUCACAUAAGGAAGAAAUGCUAAAGUUUGCUCAGGUAGGAUUGGAUUAUUAUGCUUACUGAUCUAUUUCUGGACAAAGAUGAUAUUUUUAGAAUAAAAAUAUGAAGAAUAAACUGGAAGUUAGAUUCAAAGUAUACUUCAGUUUUUUUCUCAAAAAUCUGUGCAUACAUUCUUUUAAAACUCAGUGGUGUUCUACUAGUUGUCAUGAAGGAGCCUUAAUUCCAUCCAUGUAAUUGAAUAUGACACAUCCGAACAACUGAGGAAUGUACUUGUUCAAGAAUAGACUUCUGUCCUUAUAUGAAAUAUGUGGAUUGUACAAAUUUGAAACGGGCAUUGCUGGUGUGUUGACAAAGGAAAUGGGAAGUAUGGAAAAUAUUUUAAUCUCAUAAUGAAAUUGCCCACACUCUCAGUAACAAAAAGAGUUGAGACCUGCCAUUUCUUUGAAUGAAUAUUUAAUGUUCGCAGAGUUUAAAUACUUAAUAAUGAACAGCAAAUGCCUGAAUUUUAAAACAUUAUUGGUAUAUAUAAUAUGAAAAUUAACUAUUCUUGUCUGUAUAUUCCGGUUCAUAGAAUAAAAUGGCUAACAGUGUUCACUAACCUGUUCACACAAAAAAAGCAUUUCAUUUUGUACUGUUAUUUGUAAUGGUCUUGACAUUAAAACAUUAUUUUGUGACCUAAAA